CUUGGCCAUAUAGUUGCAAAUAAGAACAAAUUGGUCUCAGAGACUGUCGAUCUUCCAGGUUAUGACGACUGAAGAGGCCCAAGUUACAGGACAUCCAGCGCUGGACCGCCCUAUACCGUUGGCUGCGCCUUCCUAUGGAACAGCCAUCCCAAAGAGCACAUGACUCACGUGAUCAUCUUGUAGUUAGUCCUGAGGCUUCCAAGAGGAUAUGCCUGAUCAAUCCUUGCCCUUUACAUUUGACUGCUUACAAUAUCGUUCAAUACAAUUCAGUAUAUCUCAUCAAUUGAUUAGAGGACCUGACCUCUCUUACACAGAGUCUGGUCAGGCCUGACAGGCCUAGAACCCGCCCCCCUUGUCCCUCCGAGCUGGGGCCUCCCGACACUCUUGCCCCGGCCCAACGCAGCAUCGGCUCCGUGUACUUUACCUUUACUUUACCUUUGACUCGAAACAGUCACAAGGCGGAGAAUUCUCGUCCUAGUCGGGCUUUUAUCUACUGUGCCUUGUUUUUACCCCUAAAGGAGAAAACCACCUUCACUGUCUUUAUGCUGUCCCUCGGCGCAAUAAUCUACAGCUUCAUCAUCGGACAGACCCGGCCCAAGUUCUAGGUGGGGUUUCAAUGGCCAACGCGGGGCUCACUCUCUGCCUCUGACGACUCUUGCCGAUUUAAUUACAAUACCGGAACUGAACUGGACGAGAAACUCAUCAGACUUUGUGGCACAUCAUGUCGUCGGUCAAAGCCACAAAGAAGAGCGCAUUCUCUUGUGAGCCGUGCCGUAGACGCAAGGUCAAAUGCGGCGGCGAGCAACCGAUUUGCAAUCGCUGUGCUGCUAGAAGCGAUGACUGUAUUUACAAACUAAACCCGACUCUGUCCUACACCCAACGCCUUGAGGAACGCAUCAAAGAAUUGGAAGACCAACUCGCUGCUAUCAAAUCUCCUCCCUCAGUGGCCGCCUCAAAUCAUUCGAGUCCUGGGGUCUGGAACGGCCAUGACUUGAAUCGCCAUCCAGACGAGCAUGCAAUGACGAAGAGCUUCAUGGGCCUCAAGAUCGAUGACAAGGGUGGCAUUACUUACCACGGACCGACUAGUCUCUUCAAUCUUCCCAGUGACCCUCACAAGCAUAAGCCAGACUCGAUAUCAUCCAUUGACUCAGAUGCUCAUAGGAGAGAGCGAUUGGUCAACAAUGCAUGGCAUCAGCGAGCGAUGGAAAACCUGUCUGACAUUCCAGAACCGUUUCAAUACCUUCUGAACGUGCAUUGGUGCUGGAUUCAGCCUCUUUUCAACUUUAUCUACAGGCCCGCAUUCACUCGUGACAUGCAAUCCAUGGGACCGUACUAUUCUCACACUCUUUUGAAUGCUAUGCUCUCACAUUCUAUCCGCUGGGGUAAAAGUGAUCCUUCCACCAAACAACUGCUGGAUCAGUCAUACGAUGGAGGGGCUGUCUUUGCAAAACACGCCCGAAGCAUGCUUUUCGACGAACUAAGUAGGGGUGUUUGCACUAUCCCAACUGUUCAGACACUGCUACUCCUCAGCGCAGGAGAAUGUGGUCAUGGCAACACAACACAGGCCUGGAUUUAUAGUGGCAUAGCGUUCCGUCUCAUUGAUCAUUUGGGCAUUUGUGUUGAUGGACAGAGAUAUCCAGGAUCCGUCCAUUUGACUGAUGAAGAGGUCGAGAUUCGACAUCGACUUUACUGGAGUUGCUAUUUCUGGGAUAAGAUUAUCAGCCUAUACCUCGGCCGUUCGCCUUCACUGCAACAUACACAGGUGUCCCCGCCCCAGAUUAUCAUGGACGACUCGGCUGAGAAUGAGCUCUGGGUCCCCUUCGACUCUCCUCAUGGAUCAGAUUGGAAGUAUCCUCCUGCGACAGCUCACUCAACUUCCUGUUUCAUGAGUGCUUGCCGAUUAUCGGUCAUCUUUAAUGAGAUUCUCAUUCACAUGUAUGACCCAUUACUGGAGAAUACCGAGGCAGAGAUGCAAGAGUGUCUACAGACUCAAGACCCUGCCAUGAGACUAUGGUGGGAACAACUCCCUCCUCAUCUCAAGAUCGAGCUCUCCGCCAUGCCUGAGCUGGCACCUCCGUCACACAUUGUCACCAUGAAUGCCUUGUACCAUACGUUCAGAAUCCUCCUGUUCAGGCCGAUGCUCACCUGGCAGGUAUACCCAGAGGAUGAAGGCCCUCAUCCGAUGCAAAACCAUCUCGUGGAAUGCGUUACAUCUGCAACAUCUAUUAUAGCCAUCUUCGAUCUUUUCUGCAGAACAUUUACCAUCAGCCACUGCGUUCUAUCACUUUCAUACAGUGUGUAUAUCGCGGCGACAAUUUUUCUUUUACAGGUUCAAGCUACCCCCGAGGACCAACAAGCAGUUCGCAAGCUGAGCUUCUGCGUACGAGCCUUGCAUCAGGCCAAAACCGUUAAUCCAGUCAUCUCAAGUGCUUUGGAUUUGAUCACCCGAGAGAUGGCGAAUCUUGGGCUUGAUCCAGGAUUUAGUACACCACAACAACAGCCUCCUCCGCCUAUGCCUCAGCCUAUGCCAGAUGUUCAGAUGCCUACAGACAUACCGAUUACCGAGACUGUUUACCCGGCUUCAUUUGAGAUACCUGCACAGCAAUCGCCUUACGAGCCGGAGCAACUGUUCCAGACACCGUGGGCUGACAAUAUGAACCCGAAUGCAAUGGCCGUUGACCGUGGAGUUUUCGAGGCUUUAUCUUCGUUUGAGCCCUUGAGUGUACGGGUGGGCGCUAUCUACGAGUCAGGAAACAACCCUCAGAAUUUCGGUUGAUCGAGGAUGCUGUGGCAGAAGCAUACUGGAAUAUACUAAAACCGAUUUGAUCAACGUCAAUGACAGCAGGAUCUAUCAAGAUCAAGAAACUGAUGCGGAUUCGAAACCGGGAAACUCAAAUGGACUGAAAAAUAUCAACUUCUCGGCCAGGUAUCAGUGCAUCGGGCGCACUCAAUGAACCUCGGAUCUUGAUUCAUGCAGUAGCAAAGAGCACACCGAGAGAAGCAGCCAACCAUGCACCGACAGUCUUGACUACGAGCUCUCACAUCAGGAUAUCGAAGUCGACUUAGCGUCAUAUACCCGCAUCUGCCGAGUCCUCAAGGUCCGCACGCUGAACCCUGCUCGGCGCUACUCGGAGAAGAUGUUAUCGAAGUUAUACUUUCAACCAUAAACUUCAUGCUGGAACAUGGAGUCAUGGCCUGAUUGCCUGUGUAAUCUCGCGCUCUGUGUAGAACGGCCCUUGGACUGGUUGUGGCCAUUUUGGAAAUCGUUCUUGACGUUUCAGGUAUCGCAAUGCAACGGCAGAAUGAUCGACAGAUGAAUAAUAGGCAGAUAUGAUAUGAAUACAUAAACGAAAAUAUUAACAAGUACACAUGUCCAUGGCAGAAAGAACGAAAUCAGCUUUGAACACCAUGAAUGAAAUCCCCCCCUUACUGCUAUAUCGAGCUCAACCCCAAGCCAUAACUGAUUUCAAUCACUGGUCCGCCUUCCUCGAUGGCCUCUGAACAUCCCAUAAAUCUUCGGCAUUCCCUCUGAACAGCCGCUCUUUGAGAUGCUCAUCAUCACCGCACCAACUCAGCACUCUCUCCAUCCAGGGCUUGAUUUCCAAUCCCUCAAACCUUGUGUGAGGCCAGUCAGUUGCAAAAACAACAUGAGUCUUUCCAGCGACUCGAACGACCUCCUUAGCGAUGGGAUCCAAAUCGCUGUAGUCAGGGAGUGUGCUCAUCCGGUAAGCAGCUGACAGCUUGACAUACGUCUGGCCGUUCUUGAGUAAAUUGAUGAGGGAUGUGAAGCCUGGUAUAUCAUAUGGGUCUGCGCCUGCGUAUUUGUUCAGAGGCGGAUGUCCAAGAUGGUCUAUGCAGAACUUGACAUUGAGCUUCGGAAUGAUAGGUUCAAGGAGAGUGACCAUAUCCAUAGGGACGUAGACCUGAACAACCCAUCCCAAAGGCCUUACAGCAUCAGCGUAAAGCAUCAACUGCCUCUCCAACUCGGCCGCAUCAAUCGCAAGUUCAUUUGAGAGAAUAUUUAGUCUCACUCCACGCACACCCAGUUCAUGCCAUGAACGCAACUCCUCUUCAUUGGCAGCCUCAGGGUCAAUGGCAACAACACCUCGUCCACGCUCAGUACCUAGGGCGCGAAGACCAUCGAGCAGACACGAGUUAUCGAGCCCAUAGAUAGAUGGUUGAACAAGGACUAUGUUUUGAAGCCCAACGCCAGUUUCAAAGGCGAGGGCUUGGUCCAGUGUGUGAGAUGUAGGACGGUAUUUGGCUGAAGCGUCAAGGGUGUAGUUCUCCACGUCGACAAUGUGCAUGUGUGAGUCCCAUGAGUCGGGAGGAAUGCGUUGAGCAAGGUUUGGUGAAGUCAUGAUGAAGAUAUUGAGUACGUAAAAUUAAUUGAAUAAGUUAUAGAGGGUUUUGGGGAUGAUAUAUAGUCAGUGUAAGUAUAAACUAUGCUAUGUCCGACUGGGGAACCGAGGUCGGCCGAGUCGGCGGGGAAGACGAGACGAGAGUUUAAACUCCGCAAUUCAACGGACGGUGACUUCCGAAAGUUAAUUGACCCAAUAUUAUUUUUAUCUUAUCGUAUUUCUAUUGCAUUUGAUAUGCUAGGAAUUGUUUAUGUAUAUGCAUGGCAUAAUAACGGCAGUUAUCCUUGUGAGCACGUGUGAGAGGGUUUGCAGGCAUUAGCUACAUGCGAGCAUGCCCUGAGUGCAUAGGGCGCAUAUAUCGAAGAAUAGCGGUAAUAAUGAAAUCCACAAAUAUAGCCGAGAUAGCCUCUCACUAACAAGCACUGAUAUCUGUAAUUGAGCGUAUAAGAAGCGUAUGCACAGCCAACAUAAGCCGGCAACUUAC